GCUAUGCGGAGUAGGCUUCAACCAGCCCGUUCUUGUGAUAUCAAAGGCGAUUCUCCUUCAGUCCCUCAGGUGUUUGAUCACGUAUGGUGCUGGAAAAUAGGGCAAGAAUGAUUUUUCUUUUGUCUUUCCCAGGGUACCUAAGUUCGGAUGGGUUGGAAGAGUGUACAGAAGGCCUGGACAAGCCUAGAGCAGAUGAAGUUAUACGGAAGGCGCUUGACCUUGACCUGACUGAGAUCAGCGAGGGAGGAUUACCUGAAGACGUCGUGAGAAAUAGAGUUGACACAGUGUCUGGACCAGUGGUCGUUCAAGUUCAAAAGGUUCGCAACGUCAGCGCUCCAAAGAGUAACCCCGAGUCUGAAUUUGCACCGAAGCUUCUUAGGUUGCAAAUCACAGAUGGCUCAUCUUACUGCAGUGCACUGCAGUGGGAAAAGUGGCACUCCAUUAGCUUGUCCACUCCACCUGGGAGCAAAAUCCUCCUAAAAUCCACCUCUAUUCCUGUUGUAAAUGGCUUCCUUCUACUGUCUGAAAAAGACAUCAAGUUUCUUGGUGGCCGUGUUGCUCAUCUCAUUGAAAAAUGGGAAGUUGCCAAGAACCUGAGUCAUCACAGCCGUAUUGUUGGGCAAGAAGGGAAUGCCCCACCCUGGGUGCCGUUUGGGCAAAAAAUUGACACGGGUUCACUAAAGGACAUGAAAGGCAACUUCAAAUCGAUGGACCAGUGCCAAAAAGACACAAAACCGAACGAGGCUUUUGAGAAGCAUCGCCAAAUGACUAUCGCCGAAGUUUCCCGUGCAAAAGAGGGCAAAGUGAAAGUAUUUGGAGGUGUGAAACAGCCCCAGGACGGAGACAUCGCGCAGCUUGUUGGCUUUGGCUGCACUGUAGAUGAGGCUGUAAAUGCGCUCCGACUCAACAACUGUGACCUGGCAUCUGCUAUCCACUCGCUGGAAAAGUCUUCCAACAACAACAGGAAGGACAGAGCCGGAGGUCGACCUGAGAACAACAGGAAAAAACGAGAGCAUCGCGAGAGGGACUCUGGGGAAGACAAGGCUCCAAGCCGUCCUUCGGCGCCAAGUACACUGUUCGACUUCUUGCAGAAUCAAAUCUCCCUUCCAAAAGUGCCUGAAAUUGAAGACGCCCACGUGAUGAAUAGCUACGAAACACGGAGAGGUGGAGAUACGUCAGACCGGUAUCGGCGACCGGAACGCCAGCAGCGUGACCCACAGGAUUACAACAGUGCAAAGCAGGGCCAGCAGAGAAAUCGGGAAUAUGGCGGACGCCGGAACGAGGGGAACGUUCCUUACCAGAACAGCGGUGGAAGUGGCACACAAACCUCGCAUAGAAACAACACUGGUUACCAGAAUGAUGGGAACACAUUUCAAGGAAGACAGCAACGGCCAUUCCCAAAUCACAGAGAUUCCAAACCCUCCAGUGGAGACUACCACUCCACAAUCCCUCCGCGGCUGCAGCACGUGCAGGCUGCACGCCAAGAUGGCCGUUCUUACUAUGGUGGAGAGGGGGACAGGAAGCGGACAUCACGCACAGACGAGAACCAGCAGUCGCAGCAGCAGCCGCAGCAGGCAUGGCAAUCCCUGCAAGAGGCAGCACUACAAAACGAUGUUGCAGACGCGAAAGACACUAAGCAGCCCCAGAAGCGCUUGACGUCGGGGCAGAAGGUGCUAGCAAAGUACUGGGAGGAUGGGAAGUUUUACCGGUCCAUCGUCCACGAAGUAUCUUCCAACGGAAACACGUGCGUGGUCAAGUUUGUCGACUAUGGCAAUCACGAAGAGGUCCUCUGUAGUGAUGUUCAGACGGUGACACUUGCGCAGUGGGAGCACGGGUACGUGAACGCCGGUAAGCCGGGAUAUCAUCAACAGCAACACCCUCACCCAAACGGUCGGCAAUUUAACCACGACUUUCGCUAUGACUCUUCUGGUGAUGCAGUCAACCAACACGGCGGUGACAGUUUGCAUGGUAAUUACGCCAGGGAAUUCCGACCGCAGCAUGGCAACAGACCGCAAGGUGGAAGGGGUCGACAAGGGAGCAAUCAGCAGCCAGGGCGUCCGGCUCAGCGGUACUACCAGCCUCCGGCACAGAGACGGAACGUCCCAUCGUAGUUCCAUCCUGGUGGAGACCUCCAUAAGGUGUACCGCGAAUAGAAAAGAAAAAAAAAACACUUAAUGCCCUACUGGAUGUGUAUUCAGUUUGCAUUUAAGACUGACUGUUUCGAGGCACAUUCUUGAGGCUUCCUUUGGAACAUUGGUGAACUGUUGCUGGCACAACAACCUGUCUCUUGUCGCUUGUUGUUGCAGUUAUUGCACCAAGCGCUUUCUUGGAAGUGCAUCACCCGUCCUGCCACUGUUGCAUUAUGGGAAUGCAGGGCAGGAUACAACUACGCAGGUGUACGCUUUUCUCAAGUGCGCUGAAUUCCUCCAGGUUGCCGGUGGCUGGGACGCUAUCUUACGAAAGGUACUCUAAUGUACUGAACUCUAAUGAUGUGCGUGGUUAUCGGGUAAUCGUUGUGGGACUGGUUAACCUUAUUGCUCAUUUGCAGGUGUCACUGGAGUGCUACUGAACUAAAGGAAUAGUGCUGUGUUUAUGUAGCAUGUACACAGAUCCUGUUGGUGGUCUGUGUAACAAUGGAAAUUUGGGAGAGUUGGUGAGACAUAACUAAACAACUGAGGAGCGUACACGAACGAGACAGUGCUUUUCGUUUGCCUUUUCGGCUGGGGACCUCGUUGGAAUCUCUGUGCACUCUUCGGUUGUUCAAUGUGGGUGCACGGUCUGUUUAGUUUAAUCAGCUUAUAUCAGUUUUGUUGCAUUAUGUUGGUGUGGUUUAAGGCAAGAAUGGUUAAACGGCGCAGUGAGCUUACCCAAAACAAAACUCGUCAAAAUAUUUGUGAUGUGGGCGACAUUCAUGCAUGUCUUUUGUGUUUCUCCGUGAAAUAGAACACUUGGCAAACUGCUCUGGUGACAUGCAUCCUGAGGCUUUGUGCCUUGUGGAUACUUACAUAUCAUUCGACCCAUUCGAAGUAAUCGUGCUAAACAUUUAAAUAUGUUCCACUAUUCUGUUCACAAGUCACAUCCUUAGCGCAGCAUAUAUGAAGUGCCAAGUUGGUUCUGUCAUACGAGCAACGUCAUUGGGACAUAUGUUGAUAGUGGCUGGACUGUAUCAGGGCGACGAUGUAUGAAAAGGCUAGUUUUAUAUGCACAUGUCCAGAACAAUCUCGAUGAACAAGGCAGCAUCACGUCAUGAAGUAUAGGUGACAUUCAUAACAUAGCAUCUGCAAUAGCUUUUUUUGGUGUUUACGUAACUUUCUUCUCUCUCAAUUGAGUGCAGGAGUACAGUAAGAUAGUAGCCUUUCCAGUGGGUUGAUUGAGAAUUAAAAUAUGGAUAAUACA